AUGAAGUGGAUUGUAGCCAUUUCUCUAAUUUCUCUACUAAAUUUUGCUGAAUCCAGAACACUGCAUAAAAAUGCAUAUGGAAUAGCUUCUGUAUUGAAUUCUUCCCAAUGUUCUUACAAGACGAAUUUAGCUGACAUUCACAUGCAUUUUUGUUUCAGAGCUACCAUAUUUUUUGCCCAGUUUGUUCAAGAGGCCACUUAUCAGGAAGUAACCAAAAUGUCAAAAGAUGUCUUGACUGUACUUGAGAAACCCACUGGCAGUGAGCAGCAUGCAGAGUGCGCAGAAAACCAACUAUCUGCUUUUCUGGAAGAAAUUUGCCAUGAGAAAGAAAUUUCUGAAAAAUAUGGACUUUCAGAUUGCUGCAGCAAAAAUGAAGAGGAAAGACAUAAUUGUUUACUAGCACACAAAAAGGCUGCUCCAGCAACCAUUCCACCCUUUGAACUUCCAGAACCUGUCACAGCUUGUAAAGCAUAUGAAGAAAACCCGGAAACAUUCAUGAACCGAUACAUCUAUGAGAUAGCGAGAAGGCAUCCCUUCCUGUAUGCACCUACAAUUCUUUAUGCAGCUUCUUAUUAUGACAAAAUAAUUCCACUCUGCUGUAAAGCUGAAAACGCCAUUGAAUGCUUCCAAACAAAGGCAGCACCUGUUACAAAAGAAUUAAGAGAAAACAGUUUGUUAAAUCAACAUGUAUGUGCAGUCAUUAGAAAUUUUGAACCCCGGACCUUCCAAGCUAUAACUGUUACUAAACUGAGUCAAAAGUUUACCAAGGCAAAUUUUACGGAAAUUCAGAAGCUGGUUCUGGAUGUGGCCCACACACAUAAGGAAUGUUGCAGAGGAAAUGUGCUGGAGUGUCUGCAUGAUGGGCAAGAAAUUAUGUCCUACAUCUGUUCUCAACAAGAUAAUCUGUCAAGCAAAAUAGCAGAAUGCUGCAAAUUGCCUGCACUUGAACUUGGUCACUGCAUAAUUCGAGCAGAAAAUGAUGACAAACCUGAAGGCUUAUCUCCAAAUCUAGGCAGAUUUUUAGGAGAUAGAGAUUUCAACCAAUUUUCUCCACUGGAAAAAGAUCUCUUUCUGGCAAGUUUUACUCAUGAAUAUUCAAGACGUCAUCCUAAACUUGCUGUUCCAGUAAUCCUAAGGGUAGCUAAAGGAUACCAGGAAUUAUUGGAGAAGUGCUCCCAGUCUGAAAACCAUCUUGAAUGCCAGGAUAAAGGGGAAGAAGAAUUAGAGAAAUACAUCCAGGAAAGCCAGACAUUGGCAAAGCGAAGCUGUGACCUCUUCCAGAAUUUAGGAGAAUAUUACUUACAAAAUGAGUUUCUCGUUGCCUAUACGAAGAAAGCCCCUCAGCUGACCACACCGGAGCUGUUAGCCCUCACCAAGAAAAUGGCUGCCACAGGAACUGCUUGCUGCCAUCUAAGUGAGGAAAAGCAAUUGGCCUGUGGUGAGGGCGCAGCUGACCUUAUUAUUGGACAAUUAUGUAUCAGGCACGAAGCGACUCCCAUAAACCCUGGUGUUGGCCAAUGCUGUUCUUCUUCAUAUGCCAACAGAAGGCCAUGCUUUAGCAACUUGCUUAUUGAUGAAACAUAUGUCCCUCCAGAAUUCUCUGCUGCCAAGUUCCACUUCCAGAAGGAUCUGUGCCAAGCUCCGGGUGUAGCAUUGCAAACGAUGAAGCAAGAGUUUCUCAUUAACCUUGUGAAACAAAAGCCACAAAUAAGAGAGGAACAACUUGAGAUAGUCAUAACAGACUUCUGCGGCCUUUUGGAGAAGUGUUGCCAAGCCCAGGAGCAGGAAGACUGUUUUGCAAAAGAGGGUCCAAAAUUGAUAUCCAAAACUCGUGCUGCUUUGGGAGCUUAA